AUGACCUUGCUUCAGCUGCCCAGCCUCAGCGAGGAUGGGUCAAAAAAGCUCGUCGAACUGCCUGACAAAGCUAGACAGAUGUGCCCAGACCCCACAGCUUUUUUGCUUCCAUCAGUUGUCAAAAGUUGGCGGACGACGGACUUCGGCCGAGACUACGCACCAACCCAGCAUUCAGGGUUGCUUCUCAGCAGCGGCAAGGGCAAACAGGCCUUUCUCACGGUGCGGCAGCCAAAGGAACCGAGCAAACGCCUUGAUGUAGACGACUUCAACCUCGAGGACAUUGAGGGGGAGCUCGGCGAUGUCUGCUUCAGCUGUAUAUGCACUUUCAAGCGGCCCGAGGAAGCCCGAGUCAGCUCUCAAGAAGUUCCACCGCAAGACCGCUUUGCGGAUAUUCUCAAAGCCAAGUCUCCUGGGCAAUGGCCCAAGGCACCGGCUGUGGAUGUGGAGGAGAUCAAGGCCAUGUUCCCUGACGCCUCGGGACACUUCCCCAUUGUCGAUAUGCACAAGGUCGAUCUGACGGCAUGGAACGAAGGAAAGGAUGUGACGGAAAGAAGGGAACUGCUGUUCUACCGUCUUCGAGGGCCACUGCCAGCCGACGAUCCGAACGCUCAUGCUCUCGUACACGCCUUUGAGUCGGAUCGAAACGGCCUGUUGAUGAUCGGCAAUCAUAUCGGUCUGGGAUGGAGCUUGGGGGUCGCAGCAAGCUUGACGUAUGCCUUCGUCAUCCACGUCAACGUUGACCAGACAGUCAUGAAGGAUCCUUCGGGCCCAGACGAUGGAUGGUGGAUUCAGGAGGUAUCGUUUCCCCGUGCUGGUCAAGGGCGAGGGGCGCUCAUGUCAGAGCUGGAAGACGCCAUGCGAGAUGCUCAAGCAGAAGCAGACUUCAUUGAGACGCAGGUUGCCUACAAAGAUGCCGAGAUCGACAAUUUGAAAUUCGACAGAAUCAGCCAUUCGGGUUCCACGAAGCACUUCAACGCUGCCAUCAUUCGCACUCAACAGAAACGGCAAGAACUGUGUGACGCCUUCGACUCCAAGAAAGAUGAGGUUUCUGCCCUGAAGGAAAAGAUGAAGAAGCGACAAACAAAACUCGCUGGCUUCGCCCCCGUCGAAUCGACAGUUGCCCCGGACCCAAACGAGGAUGAAGAGACUGCCGCCUUGCUUGAAGUCACUGGCACCCCUUGGAAUGAGGCUUUUACCACGAGCGACGACGGCAAAGUCUUUACGAGUCCAGCCAUGCUUCGAGGCGUUCCGACUACACCCAUCACCGAAACUUGCCCCUACUGGGAGCCAUCCUGGCUCAAGUUUGGGGACGCUAUCGACGAGAAUCGCUUCCAGAGAGAAUACGACCAAGCCUGCGAGCAAUGGCGGCAAAGAAUUCAUCGAGGUUCGCUCUCAGAAGCGGAUCAGGAAUACUUUGACAAGCAAGAGAAGAAAUAUUACCGUCUGGUGAACGAGGCAAAGGUUAUCAGGAAAUGGUUUUGCCCUGGAAAGACCCUUCACCCAAACCAGUUCAUGGCCAAGGCAUACAUGCCCGAUGUGGGAUUCUGCCUGCCACACAAUCUUUACCGAAUCGCCAACUAUCUCAACCGCCUCAAAGUCUUAUUCGAGAGAGGCGAGUUGGCCAUGCAGCCGCUCUAUUUCCUCCUAUGGCGUAUGAGCGUGAGCUUUGACCGCGAGGCCGGCAAUGGCAUCCAUGCUCGGAGCUUUUGCAGCCGCCUAAUCGAGGAAGACCGCCACGCUUUCGAUCCGUUGCUCCGGAAAGCAGUGAUUCGGAGUGCCCAACACACCAACGACUACAACUGUUACGGUCGUAGAUCGAAAGGUCUUGGACCGCUCGCGUCCCCCGUCAAAUCACGAUCAACCCAUGCAUCUGCUCGUGUUGCAGCACCACCAACACCUGUCUCGCCUGAGCCCAGGCAAAAGUCAGCAGCCAGAUCAACAACACUUGCACAGGCCGACUUGGAGCCAUCCAUCUCGUCACAAGCGCCGGUGAAUCAGCUAGGCUUGACGACGCUGCCCGAGCGGGGCCAAAAGAGACGCAGAACCUCGCCCAGGCUUCAACAGCGGAUAUCUGAAGAGUCCAGCAUCUUGUCGCGGGCCAAAAAGGUCAAGAUCGAGAUUCGACUCCCUGUAAGAUCUAGGUCUCCCGCCGAGGGUCCUGACACGAGCGUUUCUCGUGGAGCAACUUCAUCUUAUACAACUUGCCUCGAUACAUCACCAGGAACAACGACGUCGACGAGGGCGACCGAGCCUGUGCACAUUGCAACCUCGAGCAAGGAUGGAACAUCUCAUACGCCCAAAGAACCGACGGCUCAGGCGAGAAGCAGCGGGCUGCCAGCAGACAUCGAACAGUGUAUCCAGAGAGCCGAAGCCUUGAUCCGGGAAGUCGCAAUAUAUGGGGAGCCCAUGCGAGACCAGUUGGCCAGUAGCACAAGCGACUCGCAGUCCACCGAUACUGCUAUGAUGGACACAGCGGAGCAACCACACCCUGUUCAGGAAGAGCAUGCCAAAGGCAGUGACCGGGCUUUGGGUGGUACAGGAUUGGACGAGGACGUCAGCCUCUUGGAUGUGAAUGAAGAUGUCAGAUUCUUGGGGGAGCGAACAGUCGAGCGUGGCCCCUUCCCACGAACCCGCAGAAGACCCGCGCAGCCCUUUCUAACGCCGUGGCUCCCUUGCACCGAACGCGAAGCGAUGGCCAUGUUGCUAUGA